GUGCGCACGCGCGGCUCCGCUCCCCCAGUUCGUCUGUUGACAAACGUGCCCGGUGCCCGGUGCCCGUCUCCGUCCGCGACGACGCGCCUCCACGGGACCGCGUCGACGCUGUGAGGUUCCGGGCGAACUCGUCACGAAGUCGCGAAUCCGGUCUAAACUGACACCAUGCUGAAAUGGCUUUCUGGAGAAGAGGGCGAGCCGGGCUCUGCAGGUCCAGGCUCCCCCCGCGGCGUUGCCGUCGGCGAGGUCGUCGGCGAGGAGGAAAUGGCUGAGCGUCUCUCCCAGACCGAGCUGCUCGUCGCUCAGCUGAAGGAGUUGAUCCGAGAGAAAGACGCAGCGCUUCGCUCCAAAGACGACCGGCUGAAGGUGGAGAAGGAGUCGUGGGAGUCCAGGCUGUCGAAGCUGCGUCUGCAGAACAAGGCCAAGGUGACCUCGCUGACCUCCCAGCUGGAGGAGCUGAAGCAGCAGGGAGGAGGAGGAGGAGGAGGAGGAGGAGGCACGCCGACGCACAGCAAGAAGGGCUCCUCAGACGAGCACGCCAGCCGGGGGAAGAUCGUCCUGCUGAAGAAGAAGGUGGAGGAGCUGGACCAGCAGCUCGCCCAGAGACGAGAGGAGCUGGAGCACAAGAGGAAGGAGGCGGAGUCUCAGCGGCAGCGUGGCGAGGAAAUGGACGCCAUGCUGGCGGAGAGGGACAGGAAGCUGGCGGAGAAAGAGGCCUACAUCGUUCACCUGCAGACGGCCGGAGAUCAGCCCGUCUCACCGGCGCCACCACAGCAGGAGGAGGCCGGGGCGGCGCUGCAGGAGCUGCAGCUGCUGGUGCAGAGCCUCACCAGGAAGGUGGGCGAGGCGGAGGAGCGCUACAGCCUGCUGCAGGAGCAGGCGGACAGCCUGAAGGAGCUGCUGGCCUCCGAGAAGGAGCAGUUCACCCAGAAGGAGAGCAUGUACAAGCAGAACAUCCACACGUUCAAAGACAUCAUCAUUCAGAAAGACCAGCAGCUGGUGGAGGUCAGCCAGAUGCACGAGCAGGAGCUCUUCAAGCUGGCGGCCAAGUCUGACGCCAGCGCCGACCUGGAGCAGCUGUUGAAGGCUCUGAAGCAGAAGCUCCAUGAGAAGGAGGAGGUGCUUCUGGGUAAAACGCAGGUCAUCGACGUUCUCCAGGGAGAGGUGGACGGCCGGGACCAACAGAUAAAGGAUCUGGCGGAGCGCCUCCAUCGGCUGCAGGUGGAGCGCGAGAGCCUGGCGUCCAAGAUGGAGGCCGAGAAGCACGUGAUGCGAGCGCAGCUCCGCGACCUGAUGGAGAAGCAGCAGGCGGAGGUGCAGCGGGUGACGGAGCAGCAUCAGGCCCAGAUGGAGCGGGCGCAGCAGGACCUCCUGGGGCAGCUGGAGGAGCAGAGGAGGUCCUCGGGGGGCGGAGCCAUCCCCGAGGCCUCCGUCCAAAGGAUGGCCGAGCUGGAAGCCCGAUCGAAGCAGAAAACGGAGGAAGCCGUAAGGUCAGAGGCCAAGUUCAUGAAAAUGAAGGCGUGGUCUAAAUCCCGGAUCAGACAGCUGGAGGAGGAGUUAAAGAAAAGCCAAGCUGGAGGCGCCCCCCCGGACCUGACCGCCCUGCGGGGUCACAUCACGGCGCUGGAGGAGGAGCGAGAGGAGAACCUGUGGAAAGUGGAGCAAUACGAGGAGCUCAAAGCAAAGAACGGCAUGCUGGAGGCCAAGCUGGUGGUGUACGAGGAGCAGCAGAGGACCCUCCACGCAGACCUGGAGCAGUUCACCAAGAGGGCCGCCUCUCAGGCCAGCGAGUCCGGCAGCGCCGACGACGCCCAGAGCCAAGUGCUGGAGUGGCAGGAGAUGGUGACGGAGGCGGCCAGCGCCAGGGACCGGGCCAAGGAGGAGCGGGCGGCCAUGGCGCUCCGCAUCAGCCACAUGGAGGAGGAGCGAGAGGAACUGAUUGAGGAUGACUGGUUCUUUCCCGGCUGCUCCGAUCCAGCUCUGGCCAGCCGGCAGCAGGAGUUGGAGGAGGAGCUGACUCAAGCUCGGGGGCUCGGCCGACGUCGGGCCGGAGAGCUGGCCGCCCCGGUGCAGUGCAGCCUGCGGGAGGACUUUGGAUAUGACGGCCGGGCCUCGUUCCAGGACCCGCGGACCCCCUCCGAGAGCACGACCCCGAUGGAGGGAGAGAACAUGGGAGGUUGGUGGCCCGAGUUCAGUUCCCCCGACUCAGAGGGCCUGCGGUCCGUCGUGGAGGAGCUGGAGCUGGAGCGGAACCAGCUGCAGGAGCAGAUCCUGAGUCUGGAGGAGCGCUGCCAGGACCUGGAGGACCGGCUGCAGCUGCAGGCCCGAAUAGAGGCCUUACAGAACGAGUCGGAGAGACUUCAGAGUCAAGUCGCCGGCCUCCGACUUCAGCAGAGCCGCGACGCAGAGAACCACCAGCUGCUGGUGGGCGGCCUCAACGAGCAGCUGAAGGGCCUCAGCAGCACUCAGGAGUGCCUGGAGAGCUCGCUCAUCGAGAAGGAGAACGCGCUGGCCAAGACGUCCGAGAGGCUGCAGCUCAUCGACGGCCUCCGGGAGUCUCUGGCCGAACGAGACCUUCAGUGCAAAGACGCCUGUGAGAAGCUCCUUCAGGCCGAGCACGCACUCGAGAACGUUUCCAAGAGAUGCGGCAGCUCGGAGAAGCGCUGCUCUGAGCUGAAGACGGAGGUCGUCGACGUCACGCAGAAGCUGAGCGCGCUGAAGGAGAAGACGCAGAAGCAGGAAGUCGCCAUCGAGACUUUGCAAGCGGAGCUGGAUCAGACCAACGAGGAGCUGGACAAACUGAACUCCGCCCACCUGGACGAGCGAGCUCAGCUCAUCCACGACCUCCAGGGCUGCGAGCGGGAGAUCGACCGGCUCAAAGACGCGCUGCUGGAGAAGGAGGAGGAGCUGCAGACCCUCUCGGGGAACGUGGCGGAGUACGCGGAGCAGGUCGCGGCGCUGACGCUGGAGAUCAAACUCAAAGACGAGAACCUGGUUCGCGUGGAGGCCGCGCUGAGUAAAGCGGAGCGGGAGGCCGCCAUAAUCAGAGAGUCUCAGACCUCAGACCAGCAGGCGCUGGUGGAGAAGGUUAAGGAUGCCCAGGCGGAGCUGCUCCAGGCCAAAGAGGAACGAGAGUCCAGAGAGGCGGAGGUGGAGCAUCGGACGAAGCGGAGCGAAGAGGACAAGAUGACCAUCCAGGAGCUUCGGGGGGAGAUCCAGAAGCAGCUCGCGAACCAUCGAAAUCACCUCUCGGAGAGUGAAGCGCUCAGAGAGCAGCUGACUGUGUCCACGCAGAAGCAGCAGCAGUCAGAAGAACUCCUUCUGCGGCUCAAGGACAACGACGCCAGCAGCGAGCAGCUCCGACUGCAGCUCAGCGAGAAAGAACAGACUCACGAAAGAGAGCUGAAGUCCGUCAAGGAUGAGCAGAACGGGCUGCUGGCUCAGGUGCAGCAGUACGGCAGUGAAGUGCAGGCGUUGUCCAAGCAGCUGGAGGAGCAGACGAGGAGGGAGGAGCACAUCAGGAAGGAGAUCCAGGAGAAACUGGACACCAUCGAGACGCUGGACAACCAACGGAAGGCGACCGCCGAGCAGGUCGAGGCCGAGAGGCGGAACCGGGAUUCUGAAAAGGAGAAACUGAGCAGUGAACUUCAAAGCAAGUCGGAGAACGUCUCCAGACUGAAGAGUCUGUUAAAGAGCACGAAGACGGAGAGAAAGCAGCUGCAGGACAAAGUCAACGGGCUGACGGAGGAGCUGGAGCGGCAGCAGCAGAACGUGAAGGAACUCGGCGAGAAGGUCGCGUCCGCUCUGGAACUCAACCAGAGGCUGGAGAACCGAGUGGACGUUCUUACGGAGGAGAAGGAGAGGCUCAAGCUGGACGUGGCCGCGAGCGCGAAGGCGCUGUCGGGAGUGACGCUGGAGAGGGAUUCCCUGCAGGAGAAAAUGUCCUCGCUGGAGACGCAGCUCUCGCAAAGCAGCGCCGCCAUCGAGCGGCUGCAGAGGGACAAGGAGGACUUGACUCUUCGAGCUCACGAGUUGAACAGAGUUCUCGACCAGAGCUCUAACUCCAGCUCCGAGAUCCUGCUGGCGAAGACCAACGAGUGCAGUGACCUUGUCCAGUCGCUCAGGGAGAGAGAGGAGGAGGCGGAGCGGCUCCAGCAGGACCACCGGGCCCAGAUCGAAGCCCAGCAGAACCAGCUGACGCAGCUCCAGGAGGCGCUGUCUCUGCUUCGGGAACAGGAGGGCAGUCUGAAGUCCGAGUUGAAGGAGAAGGAGACCGCGUUGGCUGAGGAGCAGGAGGGCAACCGCAGUUUGCAGAGCGAGGUCGCGCUCCAGAAGAACACCGUCGUGGAACUACGAGCGGAAGCCGCUUCGCUGGCCGAGGAGCGAGAAGAAACGCUGAAGGAUGCGACGCGACAGAGUCAGCAACACAAAGAGGAAGUCGACGCCGCCAACAACGCCGCGAAGGCUCUCGGCGAGCGGAUUCGUGCCGCGGAAGAAAACGGCAGGAAGCUGGAGGCCGAGGCGGAGCUGAGGAACGGCCACGUCCAGGCGGUGACGGAGCAGAACCACCAGCUCCGGGCUGCUUGUGAGUCCAGAGAGCAGGAGCUGGCUCUGCAGGCACGGGUCCAGUCGGACCUCCGCGGACAGCUGACCGCGACCCUUGAGCAGAAUGCCAGUUGCAGCCUGAAGAUCGGCCGCCUGACGGAAAGCAACGAGAGGCUGCAGGAGGAGCUGGCUCACAACAGGAAGUCGGUGUCCGAACUGACCGCCGAGAGGAGUUCACUGCGAGAACAAAACGCCGGGCUGGAGAUCCAAACCUCUGAGAAUCAGAAGAUGAUUAACGGCCUGUUGAAGGAAAAGGAGGCGCUGGCGUCUGCAGGAGACAAGUUGAAAAAGAUCCUCGAGGAAAGAGAACAGUCGAACUCGGCGCUUCUGCUGGAGAAAACGAGCGAAUGCGCCUCCCUGUCAGUGGCGUUACGGGAGAGAGAGGAGCAGCUGGAGGGUCAACGAGAGCAAGUUGGUGGACUCAACACGUCGUUGAAUGAGAGGCAGAACCAGCUGCUGCAGCUCCAGGACACUGUGUCCAUGCUGCAGGAGCAAGGGUCCGUGCUGAAGACCGCCCUGCUGGUGAAAGAAAAGGAGCGCGGCGUCCAUCGGGAGGAGGCCGAGGCCCUGAAAGCCCUCGUGGCGCAGAUGCAGAGCGACGUGGAGACACUCGGGAAAGAGACGCAGCAACGAGAACAGACGUCGCGAGACCUAACGGAUGAGUUUCAGAAGCAGAAAGACGCCAUGAGCGAGAGCGCCGCCGAGUCGGAGGUCGAGAUGGCCGGCCUGAAGGCCGCUGUGCAGAAGCUCGUCGCGGAGAACUGUCAUCUGACGCAGAAUGAGGACCGGAGGAAGGCUGAGAUCGACGACGCUAACGAUAACAUUCAGGCGCUGACUGAGCAGAACGCGAGGUUCAAGUCCGAGCUUCAGAAAGCGUCCGGAACGCAAGAAGAGGUCGGGCGUCUCAAAAUGGCGGUCUGUGACGCGCUCUCGGAGAGGGAGGGGCUUGACUUGGCCAUGCGAGGAAAAGAAGACUCCCUGAAACAGCAGGAGCAUCUGAUCCAGCAGCUCACCGGCAGGAUCUCUGAGCAGGAGCAGCAGCUGAAACAGAGAGCACAUGACAACGCCGGUUCAAGUGCAAAGGUGGUAGAGCUCCAAGAGUCCAUCCGUGAACUCAGAGGACAAGUUGACGGGCUUUCUUCAGAGUCUUCGGUACUGAAAAGUACUUUGGAGGAAAAAGAACAGCUGAGUCUCGAAUAUCAGAGUCGUUCUUCAGCUGCCAUUGAGGAUCUCCGGUCCAGUCUGCAAGCCAAAGAGGCCGAGUGCGAGUGCUUGAGAGAACAGACUUCCCACCUCGAAGAGGCGGUCACAGAGCUCGACGGCAGCCUCCGAGUACAGACGUCUGAGGCGGAGGAUCUGAAAAAGGUCUUGGAAGAGAAGGAGGCGGCUCUUUUGGACCAAUCGAAGUCCCUUCAGGACGUUCAGCGACGAGCGGAUGAGGCGUCGCUCUUCAAGACUCAGUUUGUGGAAAGCACGGAGUCGGUGUCGCAGCUUCAGAGUCAAAUCCAGCUCCUGUCGGCCGAGUCUGGAGACCUCAAAACGUCAGCGGAGGAAACGCAGAGCGCCUUCAGCAACCUUCAGGAGAAGUACGCCGCUAACUUAGAGCAGCUGCAGGACGCGAGGAAGCAGCUGUCCCAAGCGACCGGCGAGGCGUCCAACCUGCGGAGGUCACUGCGAGACACCGGCGACGAACGUCAGGCGGCCAUAGAGACGCUGAGAAACGAGUUGUCUCUGCUCCACCACGAACUAGAGCGAACCCAAGACCUGAACUCCGGUCUUUCAAAGGAAAAGGACGACGCUUUGGCUUCUCACCAGGCCGGCGUGUCGCUGCUGACCGUCGAACUGGAACGACUCAAGUCUCAACAUCUUCAAGUCGUGGCUAAAAUGAACGCGCUCACGGAAAACCUGGAGCAAAGGGAGAUGGCGCUCCAUGCCAUUAACAGUCAGUACACAUCCCAGGCCAAACACGCAUCCCAGCUGGUCUCAGAGAUGCAGAAACUAGAAGAGCAGAACAAGAGGCUGAGUGAGGAGAUCGGUCUGUCGAAGGAGGAGCACCAGAGGCGUCUCACGGCCGCCGGUCAUGAAAACACGCAUUUGCAAGAACAGGUCAGAAAACAUCUUUCAGAGAGGGAGGAGCAGGAGAGGAGGCACCUUCAGGAGCUGCAGGUCCAGAUGGAGCAGCGGUCCAGCAGCUUGAGCCAAGUAAUGCAGCAAACGGUGUCCGAGAAGCAGAGCCUUCAAGCAAAGGUUAGUGCCAAAGACCAGGAGGUGUGUCGAUUACAAGAGAACAUUGAAAAGAUAGAGCAGGUUCUGCAGGAUUCUGAGAAAGAGUGGCUGUUAGUUUUGGAUAGAGAGAAACAGGAUAAGAACCUGCUCGCAGAACAAUUGAAAAGUGUUGAAAAUGAAAUGAAAUCUAAAGAUGUUAAAGUUAAUGCUCUGAAAGGAGACUUGGACCGCUUGCAGGAGAAGCUGGCAGAGGCCUCCUCCGCCAUCAGGCAGGGGUCCGAUCAGCUGAGCUCCAAAGAGUCGGAGGCGUCAGCGUCCAGGACUCAGCUGCAGAAGGUUUUAGAGUCCGUCCAGGAAAAGGAAAAGGACAACAGUAGUUUGCAGCGAGCUCUAAACGCUGCAGAGCACGAGCUGCAAAGACUUGUAGCGAGAACGAGUGGCGCUGAAGAGCCCUUGGAGUCUGAGGGGUCGGCUGCUUCUUUGCAGGACGCGAUCAAACGGUUGCAAGAAAGCCAUCAGUCCGAGGUCGACGCUUUGAGGGAGGAGUUGGAGGGAGGCGCUGCACAGUUACAAACAGCGCGGGACACGCUUAACAGAGCGGAGAGCAGUAACAGCGAGAAGGGUCGACAAGUCGCUCUUUUGAAGGAGACGGUGGAGCGUCUGCAGACUCGACUCGACGCUGAGGUGAAGGAAGCUGCUGUCCAACACUCAGCAAAGGACGAGCAGAUCACCCGCAUGAGUGCUCAGACCGCUCAGCAGAAGGAGUUACUCGCCGGGCUUAGUCAGCAGCUGAGGGACAGAGAUGCGUCCAUCGGCCAACUUAUCGAAUCCGCCUCAAGCGAGAGAAUGAAACUCGGGGAAGAGAGGACGUCGCUGUCGGCCCAGUUGGAAAGCGUCGAGCGAGAACAUGAAACCUCCACGAAGAGGCUGGAGGGGAUUUCUCUGCAGUUAGAGGAGCGUCUGUCUCACUCUCUGAGUGAACUCCAGGCCAAAGGUUCUGAGACGCUCGAGCUGAUCGACCAAAACGAGGAGCUGAAGAGGGAACUGGCCGAGGUGGCGAAAGAGAGAGACGCGGCCAAGAAGAAGCUUCAAGCCGCUCUCGUCGUCAGAAAGGAUCUGUUGAAAAAGAUUGAGCGGCAUGAAAACCAGAAGGAAGAGAGCGUUUCACUUUUACAGGACGAAUUAGAAGGAGCUCAGGCCGCUGCAGAGAUGAAUCGAGAAAACGUUUCUCUCCUCGAAAGGAAACUCCUGGAGAAAGAAGGAGAGAUUCUCCGACUCCAAACAGAAAGUGAGAGACUCGUGGAGCGAUUGCAGUCGGAGAAACGAACAUCACAAGCGGCGUGCGACGAGAAAGACGUCUGUUUGUCGGAAGCUGUGCGGACGCUGAUGGAGAAAAGCUCCCUGGUGGAGCAGCUGCAGGCCGGAGCUGCCGGGAGGGAGGAGGCGUUCGAGCGAGACCGGAACGAAUGGCUGCGGAGAUCGGAGGAGCUCCAAAAGGAAAUCGAGUCGCGUAAAGAAGACUCGGAGGGCAAAUCUUCCUCCGCCACCGCCGAUCUGGAGAACGAUCUCGCACAGGUGAAGCUCGAAAAGGCGAAGAUGCAGAAGAAGGCCCAGGCUGCCUUGCUGGCGCGCAAAGAGACGCUGAAGAAAGUCCAAGAGAAGGAAAAGAAGUCGAGCCAGGAGCUGGCCCAACUGAAGGACGACUACAAGGCUCUCCUGGAGCAGCGCUGCCAGCAGACCAACGAGCUGAACGAGAAGGUCCGGGAGCUGGAGGAACUCCGCGAGAGGUCUCUGUCCGAUCGAGACGAGCUCGUCGAGCAGAGCGAUAAAACUCUCCGAGACCUGAAGAUGUCCCUGGUGGAGAAGGAGAUUCAGUGCCGCUCUCUGUCAAACGUGCAGACGGAGCUUGACGAUGUGAAAACCAGGUUUGAGAGCGUGCGUCUGGAGAUGACGAUUAGAGACGAGGCUCUGGCGGUCGAGGAGCGAAGAGCAGACGCUCUGAAGUCCAACCUUCAGGUGGCGGAGAGUCUCUUGGAGAAAGCUCACGCAGACUUAGCAGAGAAAGAGGAAGCCAUUCAAGUUGCAGAGCUGAAGGCCCAGAAGGAGAAGCAAGCUCUGUUGCUCGAGCUGAGCGUCUCACAGGAGCACGUGCACGCCCACGAGGACACGUGUCGCCUCUUGGUGGAGCGAAACAAGGCUGCUCUGGAGAAAAGUGACCGAGUGAAAGGGGAACUUGAGGCUCUCGCGUCACAGAAAGCUUUAGAGGCGGCAGAAACGCAGCAGCAGCUCAGUCACGACAAAAGCCUUUUGAGCGAGGAGCUGCAGGAAGCACAGCGGCGUUGUUCCGAAACACAAACCGAGUUGGAUUCGUUGAAGCGGGAAAAGGAGAUAUCUCACCGAUUAAUCGGUGGACUCGAAGACGAGCUCGCGGCACUGAAGGAGAAGGUCAACGAGCCUCAACCCAUCAAACGGGAGGACGGGAACGAAGACUUCUCGUGUUCGUCCCGCACAUGUGCGGAAAGCUUUGAAGCGAAACUGAAGGAGAGAGACGACGCCUUGUCACUUUCUCAGGCUCAAGCUUCAGAGAGGGAGGAACUCAUAUCUGCACUCGAACUGCAGUUGCAGCAUCAAAGCAAAAUGCACGAAAGUGCCGUUGAGAAGAUGAGAACGGAGGCCGCCGAGCUUCAAAAAUCUGGAGACGAUGACGCCAAGGCCAACGACCAGGCCGGCCACAGAAAAGCUGCACUGCUGACCAGGAGGCUUCAGGCAGCGUUAGUGUCCAGGAAAGAGCUCUUGAAGGAAAACGCGACCCUCAAAGAAGAAGCUGGAAAGCUGACGACCGAACGCGACGCCAAAGAAGCCGAGUGCCGCUCUCUGGAAGCGUCGGCGCUGAAGUUGAAGCGACAGAACGUGGAGCUGGAGAGCUCCGUGUCGUCUCUGACCAACGAGAAGGACGAGCUCGGCAGAGAGGCCGACGGCGUCUUCAGCGAAAACCGGAGCCUCUCGGCCGCCUGCGACAGCUUGAAGCUAACCAUCGAAAGCAUCACGCAGCAGAAGCGAGCGUUCUCCUGCCAGCUCGAGUCCCUGAAGGACUCGCAGACGGACGAGCUGUCCACGUGGAAGUCGAAGCACGCCGAGCUGAAGCAAGACUACGAGUCUCUUCUCCGGGCUUAUGAGAACGUGAGCAGUGAAAUGGAUAAGAUGAGGCAGUUUUUGGAGGGGGCGAAACGAGACCGGCAGGAAGCCCUCCGAAAGGUCCACAGUCGGGAGGCCGAGAUAGAGGUUCUGGACGAGCGAGCUCGAGAGGCGGAGGAAGAGAACGGAAGGAUUAAAGAGAGGAUGCACAAGUUCUCCAGAGAGAAGCGGCAGAAGAUCGAGGAGCUGGAGGAGGAGAAUCAGAAGACGAGAAAAGAGCUGGCUGAGCUCGAGGAAAACCACAAACCGAGCGAUAAAGAUCGACAAUGGGAGGCGGAGACUUGCAGACUCGGAGAGACGCUCACGGAAUUGGAGGCUGAAAAUAACCGACUGGCAGAAAAGCUUGAAGAGGCUCGGCGUGCGUUGGAAGAGAAGCACUGGGAAUCAAACGCGUACACAAACGACAUGCAGCUCAAACUUGACGAAGCGCUCACUUUGAAUAAUUCCCUGACGGCCCAGAUCGAGGCCCAGAAGACGGAACUCAGAGCCCAGUUGGAAAUCAACAAGUUGUUCCAAAAGGAGAAGCAGAAUCUUUGCGAAAGAUUCGAGAAAAUACAGAACGAUCACGAGCUGCAGCUGGGAAAGAAAGACGACGCCGUGAAGGAGCUCAAAGAGGUCAUUGACAAACGCGCCCGAGAGAGCAUUGGCCUGAAUGAGAAGGUGAGGAUCUUGGAGGAUGACAAGUCCCUUCUGCAGGAGGAGCUUGAAAACGUCCAAGAGUCUUCCGACAAGGUGAAAAAUGAAAACGAAUAUCUGGAGACCGAGAUCCUGAGGAACUCCGAGAGGAUCGAUGAACUGACCGAGUCCGCCGCUGCUUUGCAAACCCAAAACACGCAGCUGUCCUCUCAGCUGGUGGCGAGCAAAGAGAUGAGCGGUCAAGUUCGCCAAGAAAAAGAGGAGGAGCAGCUCAAGCUGGUCCGAGAGUUCGAGGAGAAGCUCAAGACGGUUCAGAGAGGCAGCGAGGGCUCCAAGAACGUGAAGAAAGAACUGCAGGAGCUGCUGAGGGAGAAGCACCAGGAGAUCAACCACCUGCAGCAAAACUGCAUCAAGUACCAGGAAGUGAUUCUGGAUUUCGAGAGCGCUGCGAAGAGCUCGCGGUCAGCCAGUGAACACUCGGCGAGAGAGCUGAAGAAAAGCUUGGAGCAAAUGUCUAUUUUGGAGGAGAGUCGUCAGCUGGUGGAAGCAGAGCUGGUGGCGCACAAGGAGCUCCUCCAGCAGGCCGCGGAGAAGAUCCAGAGGGUCGAGUCUGAACGCGACCAGCUGGCUCUGGACAUCGUGCAGGAAAGUAACAAAGCUGAGGACCACAACAUCAAAACAUUAUCACCAACUAUAGAUGAGAAGCAAUUCAAUUCUUAUUUGGAGGAUCAGUUCAUGCUGCAGCAGCAGAUAGAGGACCUUAAGGACCUGAAAGACGAAGAGAGUCAAAAGGUUAACGAGCUGAGGCAGCACUCAGACUCUCAGGAUCUUGAAAUCGCCACUCUGAAGAGAUCGGCUGUCACCGCUGAGGCCAAGCUGUCCGCUUUGUCCGCCACGCCUCAAGGCGCAGAAGCGUCCAGACGCUGGAGUGAUCUGUACCAGAAGACGCUGCACGAGAAGGACAGCCAGCUCCUGGAGCAGGGCUUUGUGAUCAAGCGGUUCCUGGAGGACAUGAGGCUGAAGGACAAAGAGGUGAGCGAGUUCCGACUGACCAAGUCCCGACUGGAGAGGACCGUCGGCGAAUACUCCGUCGCCGCCUCGGCGCAGCAGAGGCAGCUGUUCCUCCUGAGCGCCAGCAACGCUGAGCUCUCCGAGGCCGCGGAGCUCACAGCCGUGCAGGUGAGGGAGCUUGGCACUCACGCCCAGAGACUCGAGCAGGACAAGAGCGCGCUGAACCGACUGCUCGCCGACAAGGAGGGCGCAAUGUCCCAGAUGCAGCUGACUCUGCAGCAGGUGGAGAAGACGAGUGCGGAUGCGGACGCUCAGCUGCUCCUCCUGCAGUCUCUGAACGACAGAGUCCACGCUGACUUUGAGAAGCAGGAGGGCAUCGCUCUGCAGCUGAAGACACUCCUCCACAGCAAAGACGCCGAGAUCUCCUCCCUGCUGUCCUGCAGAGACGGACAGAUGUCCGGGUAUCUGGAACAGCUCCAGGCCAAUCACCGCGCCCAGGUGGCCGUGUAUGAGGACAGGUUGGCGUCCUCGCGCUACCAGAGAGAGAAGGCCGACAAAGAGCUCAGAGGCCUGGAAGCCAAGGUGAAAAACCUGCAAAUUAAAGCCAACCGGUCGAUCCAGGAGAAGGAGCAGGAGGCUGCGAAGAUGGAGUCAUUCAAGAACUCAAUGGUGUCUCUGCAGAGCGAACGGGAGCGACUAACGUCGGAGUACAGGAUCCUGGAAGCAAAAAGCCAGUUGGGGCUUAAGGGGAAAGACGGCUCGGCUGACGGCGGCGCCACCAAAGGCCUCAAACACGAGAUACGGAAGCUGUUGCAUCAAAUGGAUGAUCUCAACUCUGAAAACGCCAUGCUCAGGGCCCAACUGGUCCGCUACAGAGAGGACCUGAAUCAGGUUUUGUUCCUGAAGGACAACCAGCUGAAGGUGCUGCUAAAGAAGCAGCAGGACGUGAUCAAAGACCUGGAAAACCAAAAAGCCGCGGCCGAGAAGCAGCACAGAGAGUCUCGGUCGGAACUCAGAAAGGAAGGAGAGGCGAGUGGUAUUUUAAGGGUUGAGACUUUUCAACUCAAAGCUCAGGUUUCCAGUCUGGAGGCAGACGUGUCGACUCUAAAACAAGAAAGAGCUGCAACCAAUGAAGGCAAAGUGAUCGCUGAUUUGCGGGAAGCGGUCGCGGCCAAAUCGGCUGAAUGCAACGACCUCCAGCAAAAGCUUCUCUCUCAGAAGGUUCGAACCGACGAGCUGAAGGAAAGAAUGCAGCGGGUGGAGAACGAAACGGACAAAAGCCUGUCUGAAGCCGAGGACAAGUACAACGGCGAGCUGGACGCCUUUGAGCGCGAGGUGGAGCUGAUGAGAGACGCCCGGGAGACGGCGGAUCUCAGGGCGGCGAAGCUCGCCAAGGAACUGCUGGAGGUGGAGCAGCGGCUAUCGGAGGCCACGACGCGGAGCAGAGACAGCCGGGCCCAAAGCGAGUCCAUGUGCGGGGCCAUGGCCGCUCUGCAGAACGACCGAGACCAGCUCAUCGAAGACUUCAAGGUCCUGAGAAACGGGUACGACGAGGAGCUCCGGGAGGCUCGGGCGGCCCUGAACAAGGUGGAGCGCAGCCUGCGGGACGCCGAGUCCGACCUGGCGAUGUCCGCCAAGGAAAGGGACGUCCUCGCCCGGACGUUAGCGGCCGCGGAGAACAAAGACGCGCCCGCGGAGCUGAGCCGGUUGCUGGAGGAGCUGUCCACGGAGCUGCUGGCGAAGGAAAGGGAAGCCAAGCGGAUCGCGCUGGAGAACGACGCGCUCGGCAGGCAGCUCUCGGCGUUCUCCAGAUCCAUGGCCAGCCUCCAGAACGACCGCGAGCGGCUGAUGGACGAGUUGGCCGGGGCCAAAAGGGCGGUCGAUUCCAGGCAAGGGUCGAGCCCGCAGACGGGAGAGUCCAAAGGGAGUGGCCUCCACGGGCUGGAAACGAGACGGAAGACGGGCGAGCUGCAGCGGAGUGGAAAGAAGACUUCCAGCGACCGGCUGGGAUCCUCAGACCUGAGAUCUGAAACAGAGAAGAAGGACGCGCUUCCGAUCGAGGGAUCGGUUGUUCUGGCCGGUCUGAGUGGAGCGGACGAGGCGGUGAGUCGCUUGGAGGCGGAGAGGAUCCAGCUCCACGGAGACCUGCAGCGCUGCCGGUACGAGAUCCAGCAACGGGACCAGUACUUCCAGCAGCUCAACCUGAAGAUGCAGCAGGCGGUGGAGGAGAAAGGUGCGGCUGCAGCUCAGUUGAGGGCCAUCUCCCAAACCCUGAGGGACAGCGAGGACCGCUGCCACUGGCUGGAAGACCAGGUUCAGACUCAGGGGUCAGUGUUUGCUGAGGACGCACCGGGAGCCCCUCAGGAGAGGAGCAACGAGUCCACGAUGGCUGAAACAGCCGAGGCCAGUCAGCUCCGAGAGAGGCUGCUCGAGUUGGAGCAGAAUCUGACCGAAGAGAGAACGAGGAGAGAGACGGCGGAGGAGGCGCUGCGUCUUACUGAGGACGCCAAGAGCGCCGGCUCCAGAGACGGUCCGAGGGACUUCAGCAUCGAGAUGGAGCCGGACGAGGAGUGGGAGGGGCUAAGUCUGACCCCCAGCCAGCCGCUCAUCACCCGAAAGGUGAAAGGCGGCGCGGCGGCGUGCCGGCGCUGGCUCCGGGGGCGGAGCCUCUACUUCUCGCGGCUGCUGACGGGCCGCGCCCGCUCCCGCUACUUCUUCCUGGCCUACCUGCUCACGCUGCACCUGCUGCUGCUCAUGUGCCUCACCGGAGCCCUGUAGCCACACACACACUCACACACACACACACAGGGUUAAUAAUCCUCCUGCUGUUGCAAAGCAUGCUGGGACAUCAGCAGGCGUUGCACGCACACGGACGCCGAAAAACACUCGUAGAUGUCGCCGUCGUGUCGCCGGGCAGAAUGUAACGUCCCCUUUUUAAGUGUAUUCCUCUUUAAUUCCAGCAGAUGUUUCCCUCUAAACGUUCUCCGGCGAAUCGAGCCUUAAAAGCGAGGUUCUCUCGCUCUUGAACGCGUCGCCGACGGCUCCGUCGUCGUGGAGACGAGGAGAGGGCAGGAAGCCACACACACUGUACUCGUUCCUCACGUCGCACGUAAUCGCAACGCUGAGUUCAAACUAUGCACUGAAGCUCCAAAUGUGUAAAUAGUCAUAUAUAAGCUCAGAAGCACUACCCCCCUUAGCCCCUCCCCCUGCUCCUAGCCCCGCCCCCUGCUCCCUUUAAACUGCGAAGCCAAAAAGGCGUCCGCGUCACUGUGUAUUUAAGGGUUGUUGUAUUUAUGUGUGUGGGUUUGGGUUACGCGCCACGUGCACACCAGCUUGCACGCUCACGUGCACGUGUACAUAAAAUUAUAAAGAGGUGCGUGACUGACGGACGGAAACAAUAAAUCUAUUUAUGAGAAAGAUGGCAUAUUUUUGUAAGAGACCUUCUGGUGCAUUGAAUGUGUCGUCGCUCCCGUUUAAUAAAAGCUCGUCAACUUUUC